CAGUGAUCAUAUUCUAGUGGCAGACUUCAUAUACCAGUGCUAGUAAUACAGGUGAUCAACAAUCAUGAAGAAAUUUUCCUUAGGAUUAGUUCUUGCUUUGGCUUGCAUCGCCUCGGCUGCUGUGCCGCCACCACCACCACCAAGACCAGUGGCACCUGUCGCUGUCCCUGCAGGUCCACCGCCACCACCUGGAGGUCCUCCUCCACCAGCCGGCGGUCCUCCACCACCAGCCGGCGGUCCACCACCCCCAGGUCCUCCACCACCAGCCGGCGGACCACCACCUGCAGCUCCACCAGCAAGACCUGCACCUCUAGCUCCAUACCGCCCACCAAUGAGGCCAGUAGCACCAAGACGUCCACCACCACCACCAGCAACACCAUCUUUCUGGGAUAUGGUUUUCGGAAGUGGACCAACAACAGCUGCUCCAUUCUAUCCAGCACCAAGAUACUUCCCAAGUAUGAAUGAUUGUGAUUGUUUCCCUGACCAGGAUAGCUGUCCAGCAGGUUAUAAAUAUGGAGGUCAAUGUAAUAAUCCGGAGGGUGCAAGAUGUUGUGAAGCUUAUUGAGAACUGGUGUGAUGCACGUUUUGUGAUGCUGCUGUUGUAUUUCAUAGUAUUAUUGUUAUUUGAUAAUAUUUAUUUGUAUAAUAUUCGGUUUUUAAUAAAAUUUUACAACAAAAUCCGAUUAUGUAGCACAAAGCGAAACAAA